UGUUUAUUUAAGUAUACAAUCACCAACAAUCCACCAGUUUACAUAUAAAUACACAUUUUCCAGUGUCAAAAAUUGUUAUUGUAAAGUAUAAAUGACUUCUUUGCUAGAAGAAAAUUACUGAAAUUGAUUCAUCGAUCAUCACAACAGUUGCCAAAUAAUUUUCUUUCGUACAACUAAUCGAUCGAUGGACGAUUUGUCACUACUUUAGUGAGAGCUGAACAAAAGAAUCAGAAAUAGCGUUGUCUUUCCUUCUGCGGAGAACAUCUGCGCUUCAUUGCUGUCUGUGAGCAAACAUCUUGUGUUUUGGACAAACUUUUUUUUUCCCCUCUCACUUUUUGAGGGGAGCACUUGUUCGGGCUUUGAAGUGCUGUGUUUUGGUAAGACUGGGCCAUAUAGCUUUGAUGAACAGCUCUCGGCUGAGGGGCUGUGGGAACACAGGAGCCUCAGUUAUUUAUGAAAUGAAGUGGCAGGAGUUAAUGAAUCACACAGACAGACACACAGCCGGAGAGAGGAGGAUAAAUCACAACCAACAGAAAAUAGAAAAAAAAAGAAAGAGCUGUAACAAUCCUGUAACAAGUUCCCGCAGGGGCAUUAAGGAUACCACAGGGGACGGGAGAGUAAAACAAGGUCGCUGAACUCGCAGCCAGUGUCGGAAUAUUACAGGAGGGCUACAGUGUGGUUGUAAAGAAGAGCCUUAAAACAGCUCCACUGAUCCUGAGUGGCCAUUCCUUUGUCCCGCUGCAUUCACAAGGCCUGGUGGGUGGAUGAGCGAAGUCACAUGGUCACUUUUCCUUUUUCCCACACCAACACACCCACAUCCUCCUCCAUGCAGCCGCUCUCCACUCUUCUAUUUCUUCUCCUUCUACAACUCUGUGCUUCCCGCAGCGGGCAGUCUGCAGUCUGGAGACUGGAGCAGCAUCAAGUUGCGCACUGCGAGCUUUUCUUUUCUUUACAGCCAUAAUGUAUCCGAACCGGGAAUAACAUCCGCCUGCUGCUACUUUUAUCCACCUUUUUUUUUAUUUUGGAGUCUCUGUUGGAGAAAUUCGACAUCACGUCGUCCUCUCACGAACUGGGCAUUUCAGAUUCCAGAGGACGAGUAGGACGGUGACAACAUGAGUCUGGUGGAGGUGAGGCAGACGGCGGGGUCUCUCACCCUGUCCCUGUCCAGCAACGACCCCAAGGAGCGCUACUUUGACCGCGUGGACGAGAGUGACCCGGAGUACCUCCGCAGCAGGAACAUGUCGCCUGACCUGAGGCAGGACUUCAACAUGAUGGAGCAGAAGAAGAGGGUCACCCAGAUCCUGCAGAGUCCAGUGUUCAAAGAUGAGCUGGAAGGCCUGAUUCAGGACCAGAUGACGAAGGGCAACAACCCUUCAGGUCUCUUGGCUCUGAGGCAGAUUGCUGACCUGGUCAUGGCCAGCACCUUGGGAGGGGUCGGUCCCCUGACUUCACCCAUCAGCUGUGGGAUGGUGACUCCAGUCAAUGACUUGUUUGGCAUCGAGUCUCCCUCUUUUGCUAAAGGGGAGAAACAGAGUCGCUGCAGGCUGGCCAGCCUCUACAGGCUUGUUGACCUCUUCAGCUGGGCUCGUUUUACAAGCUCCUACAUUACUGUACGUGUCAAUAAAGAGCAGGACCAUGUUCUGAUCAGUCCAAGAGGUCUGUCUUUUGCUGAGGUGACAGGAGCAAAUUUGGUGAAAGUAAACAUAAUAGGUGAGGUGGUGGACCAGGGCUCUACUGAUCUGGGCAUGGACCACUUUGGGUUCGCUCCUCACGCAGCCAUAUACUCAAUGCGCCCAGAUGUGAGAUGUAUCAUCCACAUACAUACCCCUGCUACAGCUGCAGUGUCCUCGAUGAAAUGUGGAAUACUGCCAAUUUCCCAGGAGGCUUUGCUUCUAGGAGACGUGAGCUGCUUUGGUUACCACGGCAGCUUGGAUAAUAAGGAGGAGAAGGUGGAGUUUCAGAAAGCUCUGGGCCCUACUGCCAAGGUGAUGAUGCUGAGGAACCACGGGCUGCUGGCUUUAGGAGAAACAGUAGAAGAGGCUUUUCACUACGUGUACCACUCUCAGCAAGCUUGUGAAAUCCAGGUGAAGGCUUUAGGAUGUUCAGGCAGUGUGGACAACCUCGUGCUCCUGGACAGGGAGAAGUUUAAGCCCCUGACCCAGGGAGUGGCCGCUGCUGGGUUGGUGAUUGAUAAGGACGUCAAAUGGAAAGUGGGAGAGGCUGAGUUCGAGUCCCUAAUGAGGAUGCUGGACAACCUGGGAUACAGAACAGGCUACUCUUACAGGAACCCCAUUGUCCGUGAAAAGCCCCGCUCUAAGAACGACGUGGAGAUCCCUGCCACGGUGUCAGCCGUGCCACCGGAGGAUAGCGAGAUGGGUCUGCGAAGCCCCUUCAAGUUUAUGGCUCAGAAACAGCAGAGAGAGAGGACUCGGUGGCUCAACUCGCCCAACAGCUACUUGAGGGUCAAUGUUCCUGAACAGUCACCCAGCGGAGACGUGAGCCCCAGGACCAAGACUGUGUGGAUGAAGUCUUCACAGCCAGGCAACAGCGUCGGCACACCAAUAAAGAUUGAGGACCCCAACCAGUUUGUCCCACUUAACACUGAUCCCACAGAGGUUCAGGAUAAGAGGAACCGGAUAAAGGAACAGCACAGAGGAGACCAGAUGACUCCAGGACCAAAGUCUCAGUUACUAUCAGGCAUUGUUGUGGACACCAUCCCAGGACCAGCUUUCAUCAUCGAGGACGAGGAGCACACUCGCUCCCUUCCCCCCAACCCUUUUGAUAAUCUCACAGAGAAGGAGCUGGAAGAGUACAAGAACACAGUAGAAAAAAAACAGCAAUGCCAACAAGACGAUGAUGAUGCCACUGAUGCAGAUGAGAUGACGACAUUUGAUGGCUCCACUAUCUCCCUCUCCCUCUCUCCCAUAAUGACGCCGGCUAAACAAGACACAAUUCCUAAUGGGAAGGACCACUUGUCAGAGCUGGAGGACGACUUGAGCAUUGAGAUAUCCAAGAUGAGCGUGAGCACUACGGAAACGGUGGAAAUCUCCAUCACGUCGAAGGAGAAGACGGGGGAGGCUCAGACCCCAGAGAGCCAGACCAAGUCCCCCAAGAAAAAGAAAAAGAAGUUCCGCACACCUUCGUUCUUGAAAAAGAGCAAGAAAAAGAAGGAUGAGAAGGAAAAAGAAAAAACAGAAGCCUGAGGGCAUUUAUUGUAAAAAACAGUUAGUGUUUUGUUAGGAGAACAUCUGAAUUGAGUUCUGAAUUUUCAGCUUUUGAGGGAAGUGAAAUAAGACAAAUGACUAUCACUUAGUAAGUCUCCCAGGACUGUUUUUUUUUUUUUUUUUAACACAUCUUCCGUCAUUCACAGCUAUUAUUUCAUGUGAAUGCUUUUCCAAGAUGGUGAAAUGGAUGUUUUGUAUUUCUAUUCCCAUGAAAAUUUGUGAUCGACAAUUCCUGAAGGGCUCAGCAAGAGACGAAAUCAAAUGACGAGUGAAUAUAAAACCGCACAUUUGUGGUUGUUAUUACCCAUAUUUUUAAUGGGGUUCAAACAUUGAUAACAGGACUAAUGGGUUGUGAAGGUUAUGAAAACAUCAUAUUACAGCUACGCAUUCAUGAUUUCUUUUUUUACUUUUUGCACAAGUUCAUUGGUCGUGUUUACACCUGGCAGUAAUAUACAUCUUGAGUGAUCCAAUCAGCUACAGGUGUGAAUGCACCCAAGACACACUGAGGUCUGGUUGGGGCCAGUGUGUCCUGGGUCACAUCUAAGUAUCAUCUACUAAACUUGGCAAAAUGGCCACAGCAUACUCUUAAAUCAGUUGUGCCUUCUUGUGAAUCUGCCAUUGAAUUCAAUAAGCUGUUUUCUUUCCUUAAAGUGUUGCUGUAGUGGCCCGUCAGCUGCUCUGUCUCUAACAGUGUCUUAAGCUGCGGAUGUUAUGCAGCUGUUUGAACCCAGUGUUACAGAAAAUUUACUAAAUAUUUUAUUGACAGUAAACAUCAAUAUUUUAGGGAAUAAAGUAACCAGUAAUUAAUAUAGGCGAAGUCUUUGUUCUUUGGUGGAGAAAGUCUCCAGACUCCCAUAAAAAAUAGUGAAAUCAUGGGAAUUGUUUAAUAAUUAGGAGCAGUGUUAAUUUUGGCAGCUAUUUUCCAUUUUAGUCAUUUUCAACCUUCAUAGUUUCAGUCUGUUUAUUAUUAUUAUUAUUAUUAUUAUUAUUAUUAUUAUUAUUAUUAUCAUCAUCGAACUUGUGAACAAUGCAGAGCAAAUAUUUUUUGCAUUUGGUCUUUGGGUUUAGUCCCAUCCUUUCUCAUCACUGAAAACAAAACACAGUUCCUCAUAGUUGUUAUUACGAAGGAUCUAUUUUUUAGCUCGUCAUCAUCUCAUCUUCAUGAAAAAAAGGUCCUUGACAAACAUUUUUCGCAAUACUUUUAGUUAACAAAAUUAACACUGGUUAGGAGAACCUUUCCAAACUUUGUGAUUUAACGUGUGAUUAAAAUUAACAUAUAGGUAUUUCUUUCUCUCAUGUUGGCUACUGUUAAUAACAUCCCUUUUGUUCUUUGCGAACAGAACUAAUGUAGCCUGUGUUGAUUUGCACAGAGUGGAGAGGUGGGAUCAAUUCAAACGUUGUCACUUGAGACGCAUGUGGAGAAGCAUAGUAAUAUUAGGAGUGAAUACUUAAAGCUGUCCACUUCUGAGCGGAAGCCCCCAAGAAGCACGUUAAUGCCAGGUGUAACCAGGGUCAUCGUUGAAUGUAUACUGAAAGCUAAGAAAAUUGUUUUAACAAUUUUAAGAAUUAACAAUCCAAUAGUCGUGUUGGCUGAACGUAUAAAGACGUUACGGCGUUCAGCCCUAUAAGAAGUACGAUUUAUAUCUGAACCUCUUCAUAGCUAUAUUAUCUUGUAAUAAUAUAUGUUGGUUUAUAUAAUAGGUAUUACAAUAGUGUUUGAUAGUUCAAUAAAUGAUUUGAUAGUCUUUACAUAUUUACUUUACAUACUAACUCUUAUACUAAACAUCCUGUGAGUGAUGAUACAGUAAUAAUUCAUGUUGUUCUUACAUUCCUGUCAGUGGUAUUGUUCCCAUGGUUGCUGCUUUAUUGUAAUUGUGACAAAGAAUUGACUGUGACUAACAGAAAGAGCUCAGCAAAGUGAUGAUUGUUGCAUAUCGAUGUUUAUGAGCGACAAAGUCGCCUUUUACGGAAUUGACAGAAAAUAACUACUUGUUUUGGAUGGUGACAAUGAAAGUGCCAAGGCUGAAUGAAUCACAGAAAGUUGAAUGUGACGGAUGCUUUAACUCAUGUUAUCCAGAAAGUCAGGUGAAGGCAACACGCGGUGGAAAGCGUGUCUUCAUAGCCACUGUUAGAGUUUGAUAUAAAGUAUAUUAGAGGACCAUAUAUUUACAUCCCAGUCAAUAAUGUGAAUGGUUUGUUUUGACCCAAAGGGAGUGAAGUCUUUGUAAAUAGUUUGUUUCUGCAACGUUCUUUUGUUAAGCGCUAAACCAAAUGUUAAACAAUGAAACAUAGAAAAUGUGACAGUACAAUCUAAUAACAAUAUUUUAACACUACUUUCAUCACACGGUUUUUUAUUUCACCUUUAAUGCACAGCGCACUGUGUUUACAAAUCUUAUUACUUAAGUAAUGUGUGUGCCUAGUGCUUGUACCCUGUUUUCUGUUUACAUAGCUGUUUGUGUCCCCGCGGUGCUUUACAUUACAGUCACCUUGCCUCAAAGUCAGUCCUUUUAAAAUUGCCUUCCACCUGAUGUAAUAAAAGCUGGCAUAUGUUUCCAUAA